GUACAUUGUAGAUCACGACGAUCCAUCAUUGGGUAAAACUUCUGUGGCACAAUGGAUAGUUAGAAUUUUAUUUUUAUUACUACAACUCGCACCCCUUCUAAGAUAUCUGGACACGUUCAUCUAUGGGUUAAGAAGCCUAAUUGCGAAAUCGUCCGGCUCCGAUAAUCUUCACAGCACAUUGUAUAGACGGAUGCUGGAUGAGGACUCAAAUGGUGCACUGUUAAGACUAUUUCAUUGUUUUCUGCACUCGGCUCCACAGGCCAUCAUUCAGCUAAUGUUUUUAAUUAAUUAUGCGACAAAUCCUUCUACAUUACAUGAUUUAGGUAUAGAUGUGGCAGUUUUACAAUCCUGGACAGUAUUAUCUUCGUUAUUGUCAAUUGCUUGGGCCCUAACGUCCUAUCAUCGUUCCGUGAGGUUCGCCAGGGACGACAAAGAAACCCUUUCAAGUAUCGCUGUACUUAUUGGAUUUUGUUGGCAUCUCAUGAGUGCAGUUGCAAGAAUCUUGGCGCUGAGUCUUCUUGCUUCCAUUUUUCCAACAUGGAUGGGAAUCAUCUGUGCGCUACAUUGGGGCGUCAUGUCUAUUUGGCUAGCUCUAAGUCAACAUCAAACCGCAGCUUGUAGCAACCGAUGUGAGGAACUGCUGUUUUCCGCCGCGUUGGGGCUUGCCUACGUUAUCGCGUUUAUAUCGCCACGAGAUGGCCCUACAAGAUACAUCUAUCUCGCUUAUUACUUGGUGUGUUUCAUGGAAAAUAUUGGCGCUUUAGUUGUAUGGUGUGUGGCAAACAAUUCGGAAGAUAACCCACUGUUGUAUUAUGGAGCGGCGGGCGCUCAAUUGACUGCGUUUCUUUUAGCUAUAUUGUUCCUAUUAAUUUAUUAUCGUUACUGUCAUCCAUCUACUUGUACAAAAAUUUUAGAAAUAACUGACAUCGGUAGCGUGGAUCACGAUAAGCCAGGAUAUAGCAAGACGUAUACUCAUGUGAGCCAAUCUCACAAUUUAUCAAGCUCUUGAUCCUGUGUGUUUGUGUAAGCCAGGGAAGUAUAUUUACAUUUUGCCGUUGGUAAUUAAACGUAACAGCUGAAUUGUACACAAGAAUUUGUAUUACUUUACUAUUGUUAGUCGAUCUCUUUGACGAAUUCUUAGUAAAAUACCAUUUAUAUUGGCAAGUAUGAGGUUGGAAACAGAAUUGUCAUCUUUUGAUAUAAAAUUUACAUUGAUAUCAAAUUUUAUAAAUUUCCUUCUAGUUAGCGACUCACAAAUUACAGCCUCUGUGCUGAUUCAACAGUAAAAUUUGCCAAUUUUUAAAUUGAUUACGAAAACGUAGUUAGGUGGCAGGCUACACACCUACGGGACCAAUUUUUUUAGGAUGUACGGUAGAGGAAAUAGGGCCUUGAACUUUUUAAAGCUUAAGUGGCCUUGAGUUAAGUUGUGAGUAAUAAACAUCGAUUCAUUGAAAUUUAAAAGGAAUAUACUAACUGUUAUAGAACUUUGUGCCUACUAAAUGUCCCUAUAAAUUGAAUAAUCCAGAUUGUUAUAUUUUCUCUGUUAUAAUAUUGCUUCACUGUACACACACCUGGCAGCUUAAAAGUCUUCAAUUUCGGCAACUUCAGUUAGCUGCUUUUGAGGUUGAUCUAUUCUGAUGAGCGAUUUAUAGUGUGGAACAAUUUAAAUUGUUUGUCAAUUGGGCUGCGACUCAUUAUUAUCACUAUAAGUAUAUGAUCUUUUUUUUCACUAUGGGAUGGCACAUACAUUUCUACAAAGUAUGUUUAGAUUAGUGGCGUUUUUUCGUUAAUUUUUUUUGUUAUAACAGGUGAUAUUUAAAAAGGCAACUUCAAGAAAAGGUCAUUAUGAGUGGCGAAUUUCUAAUAUGUAUAUGUAUCAACACCAUUUUCCAUAGAAAGUGGAUAGUUGGCUCAGAAUCAAAUUGUAUGCCAUCUUAAUGGGCCUUGACAUGGACGUUAAAUAUAGAACUGUUUUUUUAUGGAAAUUUAGCUUUAACCUUAAAUAUUCGACGAUUCUUCAUUUAUGGUUGGGCGCUAUUGCGUUUAUACAAUCUAUAAAUAUUAUUAUACAUAUUAAUUUUUUCAGUUAUUAUGAAUUACUGCAGGCUAUAUAAUAUUGCAUUGAUUUUUCCAUAUUUUCUUUGAUUAAUUUCUUUCUUGGUUAUUUCUUUUUUCUUCAGUUCACAUGUCUAGGAAUGAUUGUAUUUUUUACAUGUGAAAGCGUUAUCCAAUUUAUCUGGGCAAGUACUUUUCUUGUAUGAUGUAAAAUUGUUUCACAAAGCGUUUUAAACAAAGAAUAAUCAACUAUUAAAAAUGUAUAUACAAUGAUAUUCAUGUUGAAGUAGACAUAGGAAUUUCCUACAAUAUUCAAAUUAAUAAUUAAUAUGACAGCCAGAUCUUUAUUUAUUUCAAGAAGUUGUUUUGGUUGCUUAACAUUAGGCGUCCUUCAGAAGACUUUAUCAUUUGAAAGUAGACCUAGGAAAUCCCUAUGUCUACUACUACAUGAAUAUCACUGUAUGCAUAUAUACAUUACUAAAUUACUUUAAUUCAAUACAAAGCGUUAAUUUUUCAUACAUAAAUGCUAAAAUAAAUAGUAUGCUCAAUUUAAUUUUUUCAGUAACGUUUAAAUUAAGACAUAAUAAGCAACUACUUUUCGUUUUAGCUCAGGAAGUAUUCUUUGACAGCCAGUAACCAACUGGCUUGUGCAACUUUUUUGUUUGAACAAUAAAUAAUGAUUUGUUUAAUAAUUUAGCAAUGGACCAAUCAGAACUCAGUUUUGGGGAUACUUAAGAAUUUAUAAAUAAAUCUGGAUUACUCAAUUUCGCACAUAACUUGAUUAUAGUGAAACAUGCAACUUCUUAACACCACUAGUACAUGAUUUUUUCAAUGGUAUUUUCAUUGUUAGUGAUUUAGUGUUAGCUCAUGAUCUAUGAUAUGCCUUUAUGAGGUCAUGAGAUGUUUUUGAGAAUGAGAAUCCUGUACUUGUAAAAAUUUGUUACGUUUAUACAUAGUUUAUAAAUAUUUCAGGAUUUCAUUCUAGGUUAUACUAUAUUUGCUAAAUUUGCAUUUCCGUUGUGCUCAUUGUUUUUUAUUAAAGUAUCAGUAUUUUUGUAUCUAUAAAUUUACGCAAUAUUUAUAGUGUAUAUAAUAUAUGUAUUGACAGUUAUAUAGUACUAUACAGAAAUGCUAUUUGGGCAGCAAAAUUUAGUUGCAAAGUGCAUCCGACUGCCAAGUGUGCCAAUAAUAAAAUUGUCUAACGUUGCCUUACUGUGUAUAUAAGAAAUCGUAUAGUACUUAAUUAUAUUUACACAUAAGAAAAUUGUAAUGAAAAUUUUACUCUUCCUCUUCUUCGGAAGUAGAGUAGUUGAUACCAUUCUUAAUUUUCCUAUUGUAUUCAUAAUACUUUGUACCUUUGGAAGUUACCACUUUUUAAAUAUUAUUAAUGUACUUUACAGUACCUUACCCUUGUAAUAAUUUGUAUACUAUUCCUAAUAAUUAAAAAUUAAAUGUGCACGUUCAUUAAUAAUAUAGACAAUUUCACAAUAUUAUUUUUUAACAAAAUGUUCAACUUUCAUAAAGAUUGUGUGUUGACUCAAAUGUAUCACCUUCAAUUCUUUUAAACGCAACUUACAAAUAGGAAUGGUCUGAUUCUGUAGUACAAUCAUGCUCAGUAUUCAUGCAUUUUGCAUAUAAGGGAAUUCUAGUCAUUUAAAAAAUAAUUUCCUAAGUUUUUAAACUUAAAAGCUUGUAGUUCAAAAGAAAUUCUUCUGUAUGAAAGUAUGUCUUAAUUGUUUAUUACUUGUAAUGUGUUUCGUUAAUUCACUUGUUACAACCUCUUACCAAAGUAAUUAGAUUAGUAUUCUUCCUGUACUUUUGUUUCGACAAUUUACCUUGACAUAGUAUUUUAUAAUUAGUAUUAGCCAUCGAAUAUAUUUUUAUUCAGCAAUAGAAGUAAGAUACAUUUAAGUUCCUCGUAUUUAUGAAUUAAGAAUAUUGUACUAUUGUUUUAUUUAUAUUACUUUAUUUCUGGUUAAUAAAUUCGUUUCAUUAUGU